ACCUCUCCUGUCCUCGAUUACUGUCGUGUGUUUAGAACGCCCUUUUUUCUUCAAUUUUUUGCGAAAACCCAAUAAAAGUUGUUAAAACGUCAUGACUAGUUCCGGAGAACAGUUAACUUUGGCGAAGGACAUAAAAAGAGCUAUCGAAUUGCUUGAGAAAUUGCAACAAAGUGGUGAAGUGCCUGCUACAAAGCUUGCAGCUUUACAAAAGGUGUUACAAAGCGAUUUCCUGAACGCUGUACGUGAAGUUUACGAACAUGUGUACGAAACGGUUGAUAUACAAGGUUCGGCGGACAUACGCGCGUCGGCUACAGCGAAAGCAACUGUGGCAGCGUUCGCGGCUGCCGAAGGGCAUGCUCAUCCUCGCGUUGUAGAGCUUCCAAAGACAGAAGAAGGUCUGGGUUUCAAUGUUAUGGGUGGUAAAGAACAGAACUCCCCCAUUUAUAUCUCUCGUAUCAUCCCUGGCGGCGUAGCUGACCGCCACGGAGGACUAAAAAGAGGAGAUCAGUUACUAUCUGUCAAUGGAGUGUCAGUUGAAGGCGAGAACCAUGAAAAGGCCGUGGAAUUAUUAAAGCAGGCUGUUGGAUCUGUAAAAUUGGUAGUGCGUUACACCCCCAAGGUUCUAGAGGAAAUGGAAAUGCGGUUUGAUAAGCAGCGAACGGGCCGGCGGCGUCAAAAUUACAAUUAAAAUUUAUGUUGUGUGUAUUCUAAUUUGUUUGUUGUAGGAAAAAUAUAUUGCAUUAUGAGAGAUCUUCAGUAAUAUUAACAAAUCCUUAGAAAUAAUGCUCAAGAAGUUGAAGAGGAGAAAAUUAAUUAUUUCAAGUUAUGUGAAGAGUUAUUCAGUAUUUUGAUCUCGUGAAUGUAUGAAAAAUUAUGCACCGAGAAUAUGUUAACCAAAUUAAAAAUAUAGGCAUCUUCACUUAUGUUUAAUAAUUGGUGCCAAUGUUGAAAGUUGCAAAACCAUUAAAAUAUCACUGUUCUUAAUUCUUCAAUUUGAAAAGGUCUCAACACUAGUUUUACACCUCUAUAAUUUAGUGAAAUUAGAUAAUUAAGUGCCUAUAUUAGUUGAUUGGUUGAGUUAUACAUAUUUUAUAACUUUAAGUAUUAUUGUUGAUAGUGGAAUGACUACUUUAGAGAAAUAGGAAUUAUAACAUUAAUUUUAAGAAAAGCUGCACUGUAUGUCAAUGUAGCUAAGAAGCACUAUUCUUUAGAAUUAUGAUUGCACCACACUUGGGUUAAUAAUUAUCUUGAUUGUUACACUUAGAGCAAAUUUAUAUUUUAUUUCGGUUUAAAUCUUAUUAG